GCCUGCGCGGGACGUAACUCACGGGCAGCACCUCCCCUUAAAGCGAAAAAAAAGCAAAGCAGUGGAGCUUUAUCUACAUCAACAACGAGGUUGUAAAAAAGAAAGUGAAGUUCACGCUGCGUGCUGUUUUCUUAGAUCUUGGAGCCUUGAUUUAAGAUACCUCCAUCAUUGAGCAAAUAACUCAAGAAAAACAGCUCUUGAUAAUCCUUCAGGACUGUGGUAUUCAAGCAAAACAAAUUGGGAAGGUGUGUCUUGUUCUUAAGUUGACCGGAAGAUGUUCGGCUUCCACAAGCCCAAAAUGUAUCGGAGCCUGGACGGUUGUUGCAUCUGCCGGGCCAAGUCAUCAAGCUCGCGUUUCACUGAUAGCAAACGCUACGAGAAAGACUUCCAGAGCUGCUUUGGGUUGAACGAAGCCCGUUCGGGUGAAAUCUGCAAUGCCUGUGUGCUGUUGGUGAAACGGUGGAAGAAGCUCCCUGUUGGUUCCAAAAAAAACUGGAAUCAUGUGGUUGAUGUUCGAGCAGGACCAAGUUUAAAGACAGCAUUGAAGCCCAAAAAGGCGAAAUCUCUCACUGGGAACAGAAUCAAAGCCAGUCAAAUCAGCAAGAUCCAGAAAGAGCUCAAACGGCAGAACUCUGAUGCGCAUAGUACAACAUCCAGUAUGUCUCCAGCGCACUCUCCCUGCUACAGUAAUCACUCGGAUGAGGGUUCCGAUGCAGAAAUGGCGUCUGGAUCAAACAGGGUGCCUGUCUUCUCGUUCUUAGACCUCACUUACUGGAAAAGGCAGAAGGUUUGCUGUGGAAUCAUCUACAAGGGUCGGUUUGGGGAGGUGUUAAUUGACCCUCAGCUCUUCAAGCCCUGCUGUGCCAAUAAAAAGCGAGUGGUCCAAGCCCCGGAGGAGCAGGUGGCUCAAUCUCCAUCCACCCCUAAAGAUGAUGAAUGGUGAACUGGCUCGUCCGGAGAGAGGGAGAGGUAGACUGAAUGGGGCAAAACGCAUUGAAAAGAAUGUGUUGCCUGAGGGAUGAACUGAAUAGAGGGGGGAAAGAAACAAAAAAUAAGGAGCAAACUGCGGUUGCUUUGCAAAUGAACUGACCUUCUCAAAAGGCUGAUUAUUUGCCUUUUUAUUGUACUCUGGGGUCAGUUGGUUUGACUUGUAAAUGAGAAAAGACUGUAAAUGUUGUAAUAUUUCAUGAGCUGCACGCAUAUUAAGUGGAGUGGAGCGCAGCAGUAAAGCGCUUUUAUUUAGGGUUUAUCUCAUGCAGUUAUCGAUGGAGUUCUCAUCGCCUGUGCGGUGAGAAAAAUUGGGAAAAGUUUAGUGAGGGGUGUAAUAUAAGAUGUGACUAGCCCCUUUGUGUUUAGAAAGAAUCGGCUGUGUUGACUGUCUGUCUAUGUGCUGGCUGGCCUUCCCUUUUUGUGUUCUGUCCCAGUGUGAACUAUGCCCACUAAAACAAGGGCCCAGGAUGUGAUCCACUGUAUCUCUGUUGAGUUGAACAGUCAUAGCUUGUGGCCAUGACUGUUAGCUUCCAAUUGUCCCAUUGGUUGGAAGAGGAAACAAUGAAGUCAGAGGAUGAUGGGGCUCCUGGUUGUAACAUUCCACCCUCCCCACCCCAGUCUAAAUAGUUUGCCUAACCCUUGUGGAUGAAGCUGGGCAGGUUAAUGUGGUGCGGAGCCCAGUUAUCAGAGUGGUGAAAAUUGGAGCAAAACAUGAGCAACGUUUGGAAGAAUUAGUCUGGCAUGUUCUGAAGUGCCAGUAUGUAGCAAAGCAAAACCAGGGGGGAUGAAACAGAGUUGUGGCUUGUUCACAUGGCGUAGAUUGGCUGUUUAUGGUAUACCAGUCGGCCACAAAGGAAAGUCUUCUUUGUUGCAUGCUUACUCCCAUUUUGCCGUGUUGUUGAGUGGGCUUUACCGUUGCUGCAAACCGGCAAGCUGAUCACCCGGUGAUGUUUCUGGGGUCAUGGGUUAGACCUACUGUCCUGCAACCUUACCAUCCCUCUCCUCUUGAAAUUGAAGGUGAAUCCUCGGCCAUGUUGGCAAAUCUGGGAAAGGGUGGGUGUGAUGCCGCAGCCUUUCCUUGGCUUUACCCCACUGGCUAUUGAAACCACAGAAAUAACAAGGUGUAGAGCUGGAUGAACACAGCAGACCAAGCAGCAUCAGAGGAGCAGGAAGGCUGAUGUUUCAGGCCUCGACCCUUCUUCAUUUUCUGAUGCUGCUUGGCCGGCUGUAUUCUUCCAACUCAACACCUUGUUAUCUCAGAUUUUCCAGCGUCUGUGGUUCCUACUAUCUCUGAAGCUAUUAAAACAGCUCUUGUUUGCUGUGGCUCACCUGUUGUGUGUUGAGACAGCUUGCAAAAGUAGAAAAUAUCUGUCGGCACCAUAUUAAGUCUUCCACUUUGCUUUAAAGAUGAGCGUUGGUCACUUAUUAGGAUUGGCUGUUGCUCUAGUAUAGUAGGCAAAUGUUAUAUCACCAGUUCCCUUCCUUCACUGCUAUUUGGUUUUGUUUGAAGAGAGGAUGCCAUUGUGAGCAACUCUGUGUAACCAUUAGGUCAAUCCUUUUUAUGUGGGAGCAGGCAGGACACUGAGUGCAAGUGUAGCUUGCUCCUCCACAGCUCAUAACCAGCCACUCAGCAGGUUGACUUUGGUUUGCAGUUGUGGGAGGAUUGCGUUUUCUCUAUAAACGGACUGUAGGCCUAGCAGCAAAUAGAAGCUAACACUAGGAAAUCAAGUGGCCUGUUGUAAACAAUUCUGUGCUGACGAGGGAUCCCAAAUGCAAAGCUACCAGAUGUAAUGCAAGUGAUAGUCAGUGGUGAAUAUUCCUAUGGAAAGAUUUAGCCUGGGAAAAGUAGAGGAAGGUGUGGUGGGUGAUUCGACUGCCCUUGCAAAAAGAACUGGAACAGUACAGGGAGCUGAAUGACUGCUUUCUGUGCAGCGUAACCUCCAAACUAUCAAUUCCCCUGCAAUUUAUACAAUGAGGAACUAGCACCCAAACUAAUUUGGCCACCAGUUGCCAAGGCAGCAGUUAUUACAGCUUUCAGGGAGUCAAAAAUGUACAGAAAUUUAUCUUGCGCCAUCCAGACUGUGCCAUUCUGAGGGAUGGGUGGGCAAGGUCAGGAGGAGAUUCCACCUCAGCUUCUGUGCUUCCGGUUUGCAUGUAUCCCACUUGGGUAUCCUUUUUGUAGACUUGACGGAGUUUGAUCUCUGUUCUCUAUGGUUCCUACGGUGACGGGAUUUGCUUUCCAUCUGCCUGUACACGUCCAGUGUUUUGGGAAGGGGAUGAGUGAGAUCACAGUGGCCACUUCACCCACAUCCCUUUGUGUUCAGGUGUAACUCAGUCCCUGUUUGCACAGUUUGUGACUGAAUGUAAGCUUGAGGUCUGGUUUGCGAUUCACUCCCUGGGCUUUGUAACUGAGCUUCCUCCUCCUGUCAUUCUAUUUAUUAUUAUUUAUUUUUCUUCCUCCACAACAAAAAGAAAACACCACUGUCUCCUUUCACUUCUUGACCUAGUUUAGUGCAGCAAGAUGUAUUUUAGUGACGCACUUUGUAAUGUAUUAGAGAUCUAUGGAGCCAGUUUUGUACUUUUUUUAUACUGUUGAUAUUCUUCUACUCAAAAUUUUUUUUAUUAGUCUUGAAAUAAAGUAGACUGCUUUGUAAAGAA